UGCUGUUUUGGAACCCAUCAUCCAAUCAGCGACCGGUUUGGUGCAGCUGAACCAAUGAGGGCAGCGUUUGUUUCGAUGUGGCGAAUUAAAGCCUUCAACGACAAGUUCAGUUUGUGUUUGUGAAUGUAUGCUCAAAACUCGGAUUUCACAUUCAUAGGUGAUGUUGCGCAGUCUCCUGGGGAAGACGUUGGGGUUUGUGGGCUACACGGUCCAGUAUGGCUGCAUUGCACAUUGUACCUUUGAAUAUGUCGGAGAAUUUGUGAUAUGCUCCGGUCCAUCCAUGGAGCCCACCAUUGUCAACCAAGAUAUUGUCUUCUCUGAACGGAUGAGUCGUCACCUUUGCAAAAUACAGACGGGUGACAUAGUAAUUGCAAAGAGUCCAUUUGACCCAAAUAUGAACCUUUGUAAAAGGGUUAUUGGAUUAGAGGGUGACAAGAUCUGCACAAGUGGCCCAUCAGAUGUGUUCAAGUCCCACACAUAUGUUCCAAAAGGCCAUGUAUGGCUGGAAGGGGAUAACCUUAGGAAUUCCACUGACUCAAGGAGCUAUGGCCCCGUUCCCUAUGCCCUCAUCCGAGGGCGGGUUUGCUUAAAGCUCUGGCCGCUGCACAGUUUUGGGACCCUGAGUGAAAGCCCAACAAGACGGAUCACAGAAACUCACCAUGACUCAGACUGAGUCACCCACUUUGUUCACAUGGCUUUGUUUUUCAAUAAACCUAUUUAUUUUAUUAAAUAA